AUGAUUGCAAAAUUGAAUGUGUCCAAACGGACCAUUACAACCCUCACAGCAUUCUCCAUCAUGCUGACACUGCUGUGUCUCUUGUACGUGACAAACAGAAGCCAGCGACUGCAGCAAUCCUCUUCUUCCGCCACUGAGAGUUAUGCAAAGGCAAUAGAAUCAAAUGCCACAUCGCUACAACAGCCACCAUUGCCCAUCAAAUGCAUUGAAAACACAGCUGACAGAAAUCAGAUCAAACUGACAAAACAAGCAUGGAAUCAAUGCCUGGAUGCAGGGGCAACUCCUGAGUACUACCUUUCCAUUGUCAUUGUUACUCGGAUGGAUGAUUACGCUGGAAACCAGCACCACAGAUUUCAGAACUUUAUAGACAGUGCGUACUUACUAGCAGAACAUUCAGAGCAAAAAAUUGAGCUGUUGAUCAUUGAAUGGAACCCUUCAGAAAACAAGAGAAGAAUCUUGGACGCCUUUAGAUUCCGCAGAUCCAAAUAUCUGAAUUACCGCAUCAUUACGGUGUCCAACAAGAUUCAUAAAAUACUGCCCAACAAGGGAAACGCACCAUUGCAUGAAUUUGAGGGCAAAAAUGUAGGCAUUCGGUUUGCUCGAGGCGAAUAUGUUGUUUGCACAAAUCAAGAUGACAUAUGGUCACAUAACUUUAUCAAUGCUGUCAAAUCCCGUGUAUUCGAAAAGGACACUAUCUAUGUACAGUAUCAAAGUGCUCACAACAUCCAUGAGAAUUUACCACCAAGCAUCGUCAAUUUGGAGCCAUUCCCUGAUGAUGAAACACUGUACAAAGCAUGUCGUUUAGCGGAUCAAGACUGGGGACAUUACACACUACCUGCACCUGUUCAAAUUGCUAGCAUCAAUGCCGACAAUUACUGGUACUACGGCGAUCAAUCAGGAGAUUUCACAAUGGCACACCGAGACACAUGGAAGGACUGCAAAGGAUACAGAGAGACUGGCGGAGUUGCGUGGAUGGACAUGGAGUUCAUCUUGACAGCAGUGGGUACCUUUGACAAGAAACUCGUGUACAGUGGCGAUUCGUUUGCUUGUCAUCAAGAGCACCCGAAUGAAUGGGAAAAAUCGCCAGAGAGACACACUGAGUCUUUGAACGGGACCAUGAUUGAAGCCAUCUUGCACAAGAAGGCCGCCUUUUACAAUCAGGAUAAAAAAUGGGGACUACAGCAUGUGGAUAUUUGGAAACAAGGAUUAGAGUGCUUUGAUUUCAACGGUGGCCUUUGUUGGUAG